AUGUCCCUAAAACGCAAAGCAAGCAACGUGCCUCUCUCAGACACAGCGAAAAAGCCCAAAGCGAAUGGGUCCAUUACGUCGUUUUUCGGUGGCCCGAAAACAGUCCCCGGAGAUGCUGCGGCCAAGAACUCGACCGGUGCCUGUCUUCCAGCUAUGAAAUUCAAUAAAGACGCUUGGGUCAAGACGUUGACGCCGGAGCAGAAGGAAUUGUUGCAGUUGGAGAUUGACACGCUGCAUGAGAGCUGGUUGAAGGAAUUGAGAGAUGAUAUUAUGAGUCGGGAGUUUUUGGAGUUGAAGAGGUUUUUGAAGAGUCAGAUUCAGGGGGGUAGGAAGGUGUAUCCGCCAAUGGAGGAUGUUUAUUCUUGGUCCCGUCACACACCCCUCAACACAGUCAAAGCCGUCAUCCUCGGCCAAGACCCCUACCACAACACGCACCAAGCCCACGGCCUCGCCUUCUCCGUGCGCGCCCCCACGCCCGCUCCCCCGAGUUUAAAAAACAUCUACAUAGCGCUCGCGCGCGACUACCCCACCUUCACCCCGCCGCCCAACAAACUCGGCGACCUAACACCCUGGGCGGACCGCGGGGUUUUGCUGCUCAACACGUGUCUAACGGUAAGGGCGCACGAGGCUAAUAGCCAUGCGAAUCGCGGCUGGGAGAAGUUCACGCAAAGGAUUAUUGAGGUCGUGGCGGCUAAGCGCAUGGGCGUCGUGUUUUUGGCGUGGGGCACGCCGGCGGGGAAGAGGGUGGUUAAGGUGGAUCGGAAGAGGCAUGAGGUGCUGCAGGCUGUGCAUCCUAGUCCGCUUAGUGCUAGUCGGGGGUGGUUUGAUUGUGGGCAUUUUAAGAAGUGUAAUGAGUGGUUGGAGGGACGGUACGGGGUUGGUGCUGGGGUGGAUUGGGAUUUAGGGGGGAAGAAGAAGGAAGAGAAGGAGGAGGUUGUGGGGGUUGUGGCAGAGAAGGAGGGGGUUGUGGAGAAGGAUGUGGAGGUGCAGAAGAAGGGGCUGGAGGCUGCGAUUGAGGAUGAUGAGUUUGAAGACGAGGACGCGUUGGCUGCUAUGUUGGAGGAAGCGGAGAAGGGUGUUUAA